CUACUUUACGACUGCCAUUGGUACGCAGCGAUCGAGUCGCCCCGGCCGCUCUUCUCACCGCAGCGAACCCUGGCGAUGGCCGCGCUCUGGACUCACCUGCUGCUGCUGUGCGCCGCCGCGUCCGCUGCUCAGGCGGCGGUGGCAGUGAUGGCGGCGCCAGUGAAGCAAGUCAAGGUCGCUGCUGGUGUGGCAACUGCUCUGCGGACACCAGUGCACGUGCACGCGCCAGCGAAAGUACACAUGCACCGGGCAAUGGAAAUGCACGUGCACAAGCCAGUGGGAACAGUGGUGCGCGUGCCCAAACCAGUGCACGUGCACAAGCCAGUGGGAACAGUGGUGGGCGUGCCCAAAGCAGUGCAUGUGCACAAGCCAAUGGGAACAGUGGUGGGCGUGCCCAAAGCAGUGCAUGUGCACAAGCCAGUGGGAACAGUGGUGGGCGUGCCCAAGGCAGUGCAUGUGCACAGGCCAGUGGGAACAGUUGUGGGCAUGCCCCAAGCAGUGCACGUGCACAAGCCAGUGGGAACAGUGGUGCGCGUGCCCCAAGCAGUGCACGUGCACAAGCCAGUGGGAACAGUGGUGCACGUGCCCCAAGCAGUGCACGUGCACAAGCCAAUGGCAGCAGUGGUGGGCGUAACCCAACCAGUGUACAUGCACAGGCCAGUGGGAUCAGUGGUGCGCGUGCCCCAACCAGUGCACGUACACAGUGCCACCAGGAUGGUGCCCCACCAGCACUUGGUGCGAGUACGCCCGGCUGGGCACAGCUGCGGCCGCGUGGUGCCCGUGGUGGGGUAGGGUGCGUCGUCUGCACCUAUGCUGCCUCGUAACUCUCCGGCGGAGGAAGCCCGGCAUAAUGCCAGCAGCGGGACUGCACGCCGUCUCAGCUGAUUUAUUGUGGUUCAAAAUUUCACGUGAAACUGUUGUCCAAAUGUACAGAUUACAUUCCACAGUUACGACGAAAUAA